AUGUCCGAAUCCGCAUCUCCAGCUGUAACCGACCUGCGUGGUCUUAUCUACGCUGCGGUUGGAGAUUUGCUCCGUAAGCAUCGCAUAUUAUUCGUCAUUCCCGUGAAUGAAGGCACUCCCAAUCCUUACUUUGCCUCUCUACCUUGGAUUGAUCUCAAUCGGAGCAUUGCCUUUCUCGAACGAUGUCAACCAUUGGCCAGCGCGGCCGAAGGACAAGACAAGGAACUGGACGCAAUCCUCGAGGAGCAACACAACACCGAUUUCAAGACUGAAUACGGCACUUUGCCGUUCUGGCGCCUGAUUAUCCUACAAUCCCCCGGGAGGAACGAGUUCACCGCCUCCUUCAUCUACCACCAUGCCAUUGGCGAUGGAGUCUCGGGUCUCGCUUUCCACAGUGCGUUCCGUACCGCUCUGGAGGCUGCGUCUUCCUCUACUUUACCUGAUGACAAGGCUGGGAACAUCAUCCUGCCGGAUGAGAACGCGUCGGUUCUCCCUCCUCUGGAAGAAUUGCAUCCCUUGCCAAUCAACCCGCGUCAGCAUCACUCUCCGACAGCAAACCUCAAACAGUGGACGGGUACCUCCGUCCGCAUCCCGUGCAAGUCCCGCUGGGCAUCUUUGUACCUCUCGCCGAGCGCCUCCAACGCCUUCGUCCAAGGGUGCAAAGAGAGGAAACUAACAGUCACAUCCGCUCUGUCGUCCGUCGUCGCUGCAGUCUUGUUCGGCAACCUUCCAUCAACCGUAGAGGCUCUCACCGGCAUUAUCCCAGUCAGCUUACGCCCAUGGCUCAAGCUACCUCGCCAAGUAGCGGAUAAUGCGAUUGGAACGUAUUUUGAUGCCACCCGAGUGCAGCUCACACGGACCGAGCAGGUCUCGCAGGAUCCUAGUCUUGUAGAUGUAUGGUCCGGACCUCAGCAGGUCUCAAAAUCGAUAAAUGACUACCUCUGCGACGUUCCGCCGUCUGGCGAGCCGUACACGUCCGUUGCGGUCUUUAAGACCAUCCCCGAUGUGUCUGCCGUCUUCCAUUCUAUGCUCGGAAAGCCUCGCGAUGCGGCGUUUGAAGUCACGAAUGUCGGACUCUUCUCGCCGGCUACUACUCCCGGGGCUUCUCUUUGGCGAGUAGGGAACGUGCUGCUCAGUCGGAGUGCUGCUGUUCCCGGGGCUGCCGUCACUGUUAGUGUUGCCACCGGUGAGGAUGGGAUUAUAGCGCUUGGGUUCAGCUGGCAGGAGGGUGUUGUUGAGGAUGGUUUCAUCGACAGUGUCAGGCAGGGGGUCAGAAAGUACUUUGAGAAGUAUCGAUAA